UCAGGCUUCCCUCAGAGCUGCCAAACUGUGAAAAAGAGUUGCAGAGAGAGGAUCGGUGCUGUGUUUGCAUCAGCGCUACUUCUAACUAGAAAGGCUUUGAGUUUUCAUGCUUUGGCUGAGGAGCUUUCAGCUAACACAUUUUGAUCCACUUAAUCUGCAGCCCACUCAGUAAGUGGAGUUUUCUACCUCCCACAUAGAAGUAAAGAAAAAGUAGGCGAUGUCUCAGAAAAGACCUGAGUCAUAAGGACAUGAGUCAGUGCAAAAGACAAGAAUUGUCAGGAGAAAGAAUGGCAUCGUGGGAAAAAGUGGAACUCAAAGGAAAAGGACAACAACCAAGUGGAAAUGAUAUUUUUUUAAAAAUAUGGAGGACUCGGCAGAAGAGGCGGUCCGGGAUAGGAGGACUGUGGCCGAUGGUUGGUUUGAUUUGAGCCACGUGGGCAUCCAGCAACGUCUCUUUGCCGCUUCAUGGAUGCUGAUGAAAUGUUGGCUUCGUCUGCUGCCCAGUUCCUUCUCUUUUGACCCAGGUGAUGUGUCAACGACUUGGGAGCAGGUUUAUGGCUCAACAACCAGCGCCAGAGAAUAAAUGAACCCAAAACAUCCAGCUGCUGGACAACUCGGGUCUUUCUGGACCUCCUCGGGUAUGGAUUUGUUCAGAGGAAAUUCCGUCGAGCGCGGCAGUACUUAAAAAAGAUAUUUAGUAGACAGACAAAGAUGCAAAGUCAUCGCUGGGCUGCAGGAUGUGGUUAAAGGACGCAAUGGAGCUUCGCGACCAACAUGCAGAGCAGCCAUGAACUCUGCAUCAUCAGCCAUGAGUGUCAGCUGAUAGAAUGCAACCAGCAGAACUGGGGCAUCCGGCUACUUCACCUACGCCAUAAAACAGGACGAUUCAAUCAUUGAUGCAAAAAUGGCUGACCAGAGUUUCCAACUGUGGAAGGGGGCGGAGGAGCUUGAGCUGGCCGAUGCGCCAGCGUCAUCGCUUGCGUCCCUCCGUCUCACGGAUGACAACAGUGACCAGAUGGGGGAUAACGCUGAGCCCAAUUGUGAGCAAUUUCUAGUGAUGUCACCACCGCUGGACCAAUCACAGGCACAGGCCGAAAGAUCAGUUGCCAGUAUGUUGCAGGCAUCAUCAGACGAGCUCCUGGAGGGACAAAACCACAACAGAGCUCAGCUUCUGACCAGGUUAAUGCAGGACAUUUACCCAAUUGCUGAUAAUAAUGGACUUGGAGCCUGGGAUGACACAGUCGUUCAGGAAGGAGAUCAUCAAUCAAUGACCAACACAACCAAAAUGGUGGCAGCUUGUGAGUCAGGAGUUGAAGAUUGUCAAUUGCUGGACGCGGAGUGGUACUGGGGCCACAUCUCCAGAGAUGAAGUGAAUCAGAUGAUGAGAGACACUCCGGAUGGAACAUUUCUGGUCAGAGAUGCGUCAAAUAGGGUGAAAGGAGAGUACACUCUCACACUCAGAAAAGACGGCUCCAACAGACUCAUAAAGAUUUUUCAAUGUGGAGGAAAAUGUGGCUUUUCUGAGCCACUGGCCUUCUCCUCUGUGGUGGAGCUCAUCCAGUUCUACCAGUGCAGAUCACUGGCCCAGUACAACUCCAAACUGGACACACGGUUACUCUAUCCCAUUUCCAAACACCAACAGCUGGUUGUGAUGGAGGUUGAGCUGGAUGCAGUCAGAGAGCAGUUAAAGACGCUUCAGGAUCAGUAUGAAGAGAAGAGCAGUGAGUGCGACAAUCUGUUUGAAGAGUUUAACCGAACAUCACAGGAACUGCAGACCAAACGGACGGCUAUUGAGGCGUUCAGCGAGAUCAUCCGAAUUUUUGAGGAGGAAUGCAAAACACACGAGCGCUACAGCAAAGAAUACAUCGACAUGUUCCUAGCGAUAGAUGGCAGCAAAGAGACAGACAACAGGAUUCAGAGCUCCGAGGAUCUGCAGGCUAGAGUGGAAGAGAUUCACAACAGCAAGAAGAAGUUGGAGGAGGAGCUGAGGGAGAAGACGCUUGCUCACAUGGAGGUUGAGAAAAAGAUAAAUCAGCUAAAGCCUGAACUGGUGCAGCUCAAGAAAAUCAGGGAUCAAUACUUGCAGUGGAUCAACCAACAAGGCAUCAGACAUAGUCAGAUCAAUGAGUGGCUGGGUAUCAAGAAUGAAGAAGAAGACCCAUACACUCUGGCCGAUGACACACACCAGGAGGAAAAGUGCUGGUACGUGGGGACAAUGAGACGGAAAGAGGCGGAGGAGCUGCUCAGGGGACGGAGGGACGGUACCUUCCUCAUCAGGGACAGUCAAACUCAGAGAGGCUCCUUCGCCUGCUCUGUUGUAGUGGAUGGGGACGUAAAGCACUGUGUGAUCUACAGGACGGCCAAAGGAUACGGCUUUGCUGAGCCCUACAACCGGUACUCGUCUCUGCGAGAGCUGGUCCUGCAUUAUCGACACACAUCCCUGAUCCAGCACAACCAACAGCUGAAUGUAACACUUGCCUGGCCUGCUCUCCAACAGCAGUCCAGUUGAGACCACACCAGCAUAACGACACACUGACCGCACUUUCCCAGAAGCAGCACUGUACACUAGCUCCAAGUUUUAAACGAGUUUUGGUUACAUAAGAAAUCUAUAUUCGUAUAUUCGUCUGAAUUAAAAUUCUCUUUUCCAGGAGUCAGAAAAAACUGUAAUUGUCGCCUAUUUCAUGACUUAAAAAGGACAAAAAGGUCCUUUAAGCACUUUACAAUCAGCUCAGGUGGAUUUUAUCUGAAAUGCUUUGAACUGCUUCAUUUCUGCUGUUGAUUCUGUUUUGACGCUACAAUUGACCUGUUUUUGACCAAAUAUUCUUCAAAUUGCUAUUUGCACAUGCAGCUUGUGAACACAUCACAGGAGUAGUCAAAAACACUGUCUGUAGUACAGUAUGUGGGGUUUCCUAGGCAUUUAAAUAGAAGCCCAAGAUUUCAAUGGAGACUUGGAUUCAUGGACGCUUUUGUUGAUAAACAGUGUUUGGUUAAAGAAAAAUGCAUUGGUGUUGCAGAUUAUGGUGUUUUCCUUUCCUUUUCUGUAGUUAUUGAGGUACCAUGCUUUCACAUGUCUCCAUCCAGCAUUUUCACUUCAGAACAGCCUGAUAGCAUGCUACCAAAGCAAUCAGAUAGAACAAGUGUGUUUCUGUGUCUCUUGGCAGUUGGAAGUGCUACAAAUGUGAGAUGUCAGACUAUUGUGUGAGGGGCUUGUGUGUGCAUUGGAGCUUUGCUUUUGCUAUAGGGAAAAACUGUCACAGCUUCAGAGUAUUUUUCUGCAUAGAAAUGAUCAGCACAGCUGUGGAAAAAGUGAGAUUUGAAAGGAAGAUAAGUACUCUGCAGAUACUCGGGGAGAAACACAGCUGUCAGUGUUACUGCAAAUGAAUUAAUACAAAGAAUAUUUUGAAACAACUUCAUAGCUUUGUUUGUAGGUUCCUACAUGCUCAAUGAUAUCUGAGAUGUUUAGCAGUGAACUAUGAGCAAGAAUGUCUUACAGGAGUGACUACACUUUACUGAAGGGUUUAAGGGCUCACCUACCAUAUAAUGCAUUAAGAGUACAUUGAUUAGACAUUAUGAUGCACUUAUCAAGGUCUGAAAGACAUGAAGACUUACUGUAGCAGUCCACCUACACUGCACGUUCAAACCAGCCAUGCAAAUCCCAUUGCAACGUCAUAGUAACCUGGUUAUGAAGUUUGAAAUGAGUCAGAUGUUCUGCAAACCAAAACACGAGCAGUGCAAAUGAACUUCUGUGUCAUAACUCUCCCCUGGUCAUGAAGCAUUCCCCGCAUCAGUCCGCUACAAUAUUGCCAGUAUGCAGUGAAUAAGUAGUGGCAAAGGGUAGCUGUAUGUGAGGCAUGCAUAGGUGAAAAAGUGAAAACUCAUCAGCAAGAAAUUGGUUUGAUGAGAGUUAAGCCAUGGAGUCCCAUUCCACAAGGUUUGUGAGUCCCCCUGCAUGAACUUCAGACUUCAACGUCAGAAAGUCACGCAAUGCUGCAGGAGGCAAAACAUUUGAUUUCAUUGAAACACCUGACAAAAGGCAAAUGCUUUUCACAGAAUUGUAACCACAGACACUUUUUUAUACAUAUCUGUUCUUGCACGAUGACACGAAGCUUAACCAGAAAACCGCCAUCCUCUGCACAGUCAACAAGACUACAGUGUCUCCCCUGCAGCAUGUGCCGCCCUGAGGUGCGCCAGUGUCGGCCUCAUUCACAAAACAAAAGCAGCUGCAAACUCUGGAAGAGAGAGGCGUGAACAUGGGAAGACUCCAGACAAAAUGAAACCAAAAUAAAGGACACCAUGACAAUACAUGCAUUAUAAUAUCCUGUGAAUGUACUAAUAAUGCAGAUUAGAUUAGGUCUAUAGGUAACGUGGCCCCUAUCCGGGUGCACUUAACCUUCAUGAAAGUUCACCUACACCUGCCAUUCUCCCCGGUCAUUUACAAGGUGGACCACACAAGUGACUUUUGUUUGUCCACUUGAGAGACUCCCUUUGACUCAAUUUCACACAAAAAGGUUUCCUUGUAACAAAUUCCAGCUUUGAUCACGGGCUUUAUUCUUCAAGAGAAAAAAAAAAAGAAAGGUUGGCUCCAUUGUCAGGUGGUAGGAACUUAUUCUGCGUAAUGAAAACAGACAUAUCAUUUUGAGUCUGGAAAUAGUGGCAAGUAGUGCAUUUUCCCAAAACCAAAUCAUUCAAAAAGUACAUAAUCCAAUCUUGAUCUAGCUAGACAAUCUGCCCCUGCCACACUAUAGUCUCACAGCUACCUAAAAUUUGCGACAAACAUAGUAUCCCGUCAUUUUGUGGCUUUCACUGUCGAAUUUUUGAAUCAUGUUGAUAACAUCAGAACAAACAAUAUGUACCACCAAAUGUAUUGACUGAUAACAGCAGACUGGAUCAUUUGAACAUCAACACAAGAAUGGAAUCCUUGAUUUUGCAAAACGUGCCGUAAAAACUGUCACACUCUAAAACUACAUACAUGAGUUCUGACAACUUAAAAUUCGUACUUUGUAAUUCAUACACAGCCUACUAAGUAGAGAUGGGCAGUUUAAGGCUUUAAUGGCCCACAGCAACAUAGAAAUCAUUUCGCUUCUGCAACCAAGUGAAUUUUCCGCACUUUCAAGUCGAGACGUCCCUUUCGGCCAAUGCUGAAGAACAAAACUCAUGAUGUCAUGCACAGCUGAGUGUGGAAUAUUAUCCAUACUCAUGGAAAUCUGCUCUGAGCUAUAUAAUUGUAGAACUCAGCGUCGUACAAAAACUAAAAAAUGUAUGGUCAAUCACCAUCAGGAUUUUUGUGUGUGCUCCUACACCUUUGACCAAGCUGACACACUUGAGUCUUCAUUUUCUCACUGACACACAACCGUGCAUGGCAGCAACUACAUAUCAAUGCUGUUUCAUUAGAUCUUUUUUAAUGUAGUGGCCUUGUUUAUAUUUGCUUUUUUUAAAUGAGCAUCAUAUUUAGAUGAUAGAUCUAUUCCAGUCUUCAAACCUGAAAGAUUAUUUAAUCAGGUUUGUUGUGAGAGAAAAAAAGACCUGCUAUGUGCACUUUAUUAAAAACAAAUUUUUGCACACCUAAUGUAGCAUAUAUUGAUUUUUGUAAAGCCUAGUGCAGGCGCACAGUGAGUUAAGGGUAAUAGGAGUUAUUGGCAAGUUAUGCAACCAUCUCUCUCAACUCUUCAUGUUAAUACACGUGAAUAAAUGUUUUAAAAAAGAAACAAUGUUGUUGUUAAAACAAUGUUGUUCAAGAGAAUUAUUUAUAAUGUUUUACUUAAUCAAUAAUACGGAACAAACCAAAGUGCAUUUUAGUUCCUUCAAAAUAAAGCAAGAUAAUGUUAAAUGGCACAUAGUAGUGACCGUGUAGACUGCAUUCUGUCCACUAAUGCUGUGGGCGGGAUGAGUGGGAAAUGCUGGCCCAUCAGAUUAAAAAGAAGCCAUUUCUGUAUCAGUGUAAAAGUCCAAAGCACGAGUGAUUAAAAUAAUUAAUCAAAGCAAGCUGUUGGAAAUGUAAUAUAAAACACAUUCGGUACAUUUACUAUGACGAUAUAAAGUCAUAUUUUACUUAUCGACAACGCAGGCGUUUUAGUGUGAGAGAACCUCAAACAUUGAUGGUUCUGUCGAAGACCAUCAGUGGGAGGUCAAAUUGGAGCUUGAGAGGCUCAGUAAGCGCAAGGAUUCAUUGGCCUGUUGCUGAGAAAUUUGACGUUUUUGACUUGCCUAUCAGUUUACACUUUCUCUUCUGGUCACAAGCUUAGUAGGUGAAUGUACUGUAUUCCUCCAUGUUUGGGGCUCUCCCAUUGUGAGAGGUUCAAUCAAUCAGGAGAGUCUCAAAAUAAAAACAAUUCUCCUCUGCAUUGAUGAGAAACCUGUUGAAGGAUCUGAUGCUACUCAGGAUGUCUAUGGCCGCCUCAAUAGAGCAAAGAGAGCUUGAGGUGAGGUGAGGGAAGUAUCAGUCUCUUUCAUUCACUCAAAAUGUAAAACUAAAUAAUAAAAGAAAGAUGAAAAAGAAAUAUGAACAUAAUGUAAUAUGCAACUGUGUUAUUAAGAUAAAAAAAACAUUGACAAAAAGUAUUGAGCCAAAUACAUCAUGAACCUAUAAGUUAGUUGAUCUGAUGUGAUUAAAGAGAUGUGAACUCUGGGCAAGUGCAACAACGCUGAUGUCUGACACACCAGAGCCACCAGUGGGCAACGCAACACUAAAGACCUGCUGUAACAAUCACCACUAGAUGAGACCGUUUCAACCGAGGUGCUACUGGAUCAACAGUGCAAAGCCCUUGAGUAAGUUCAUCGGUGUCAGGUAGUUUGCACUUUGGUUCACUGAAAAGUCUGUUUGCUGGUUUCAUUUUCAAGUUCAAAUAGAAUAGUAGUUGUUUAUUGUCUGUGGGUUUUAGACGUCAAGCAAAGCAUGCGGUGAGUAAUGUUGAAGGUGCUUCAUGUUGAAAAUCUGCAGUGUAUUUUUAAGAAUUAUAGAUUUUCACCAAAUGGAUUUAUUCAGAAUUUUCAUUCAGAAUAACGUAUUUUUGAACGUUUUGACUCAUUGUUAUGUGCAUCGUGUUUCCUGACACGAACCAAUAUAUCACAGAGGUUGUGACAUCACCAUGUCCAAUUAUUGUGUGGCACUGUUGUACAGGAAUAUAGCAAAACAAAAUAUGAAAAAAAAGGUACAGCACAGCUGUUUUUACGGGUAUUUAUCAUCAUAAGCUACGGUCAGCGUCACCAACAUAUUCUUUUCUUUAAGAACCAGCAUGUUGACUCUGUUAAAUGUCAUUGUGGACUACGGCGGCAUUGUACUCAUGGUACAUGAUACUAUCAAUAUUUUGGCUCAUAUUUUUAUUUUUUAUAAAAACAUACCUCAAAUAGUUUCAAAAUAAUGCCAAGCUGCCCAUUUAAAUUUCAUUUUAGAUCUGUAGCCAUACUUGUCCCUCCGUUUCUGCUUGCAUACCUUGGCCAUAUUAGUAUGCAUCAAAAGCAAAAUUGUCUUCUGACUGAGAGCGUGGGGAAAGAAAUACAGACCCUUCAAACUGACAUACUUGAUAUCGUCAACUGCUACUGACAGCAGGAAAUUAAUUUUUGAACUUACUGAACUGCAGACUUCAACUUCAACUUCAGAUUUUGUGGUUGUGACUAUUGAUACUUGGAGCUAAAUUUUAGCCAGUAACACGCAAUAGCUUCACAUUUAUAGAAAUUUGCAAUCUGUAUACUAAAGUUACAAACUCCCUCUCUCAUCAAAGAUGGCCUCCGGAGGGUAUAAAGUAAAUUGCACGGCACCUUCAAUCUAUAAUAAUAAAUUUGUGCAAAGGAGGAUAAUGACCACACCGCAUGGUUGAGAUGGAGCAAGGACAUCAUGGACAACCAUCCAGCCUCGACAACACUUGUCCAUGGACGCACAAAGCCAACCAUGGCUAUAUUUGAGCAUGUGCAUUAUGCUUUAUACAUGUAAAAAUAAACCAUGUUUUUUUUUACAUUUGUCCAUGGUAGAAAUAUAGCUUGUUGAAACUCUGUCAUGCUAAAGUAGUAAAGUAGCUUGCAUAGUAGUACCAACACAUUCAAAAAAUAUGUAAAAAUAUGAAAAGAUCUGAACUGGCACAAACAUCUGUUAUCAUACAGCCUGGGUCUGCCUCACCUUAUGUGAUUACUGAGUGACAUUGACUUCCGUAUUUAAAUACAUCACUUCAUCUGUUGAUAAAAGAAUCAUAAAGGCAAUCGCUCCAGCUUUGGCCAAGUAGAUUUAGUUCUCUUGAUUGUACUGUAAUUGCCUUGCAUGGGUGUUGUCAUUGAAUAAAAUGCACUAAAUGUUUUAAGUCAAAGCAAACACAGCUUUUUACUUUUGCUGAGCAGUAGGACAUGAUGUAAACACGGAUUGUGAAGUUGUGAAGUUUGAGUGGUGAUGUCUGCCAUGUAGAUUUUUUUUGUAUUAUUUCGAGCACAAACCUUCAAGGCUGAUGAUUCAAAACCCCGAAAUGGAUUCUCACCAUUUUACAGUACUUAACUGCUAAGUCCAGGGAAUUCAUUUGUAUAGUUCAGUAAUACGAUUUUAUCUGUGGUCAAAUACCUCGACUUGUCUGUGUACUCAAGUCAACUAAAGUUCCUGUUACUGUAACUUUCUGCUGUCACGGCUGUAGGUCUUUUAUUUUGAUUAGGAUUUAAGUGCGUAGUCUAUUUGUGAGGACAAUACUGUUAUGAUCAAUGUUUGUUUACUGCAUAAAGAGCGUAAAAAUGCAACAGCACUGUUCUUUUGGAAAUUGGAGUAGUUUGUCUCUCAUGAAAUGUGUCUCUUCCCACAGUUAUUGUUUCUGUAUGCACCUUGAAACCCAAAAUAAAUCUGAGAGUAUAAACAGGUGUGAUCUCACAAAAUGUUUUUCUUGUUGGCAGCGAUAUGUUAUUCUCUAAGAAUGUAAA